AUGGCUCUACAGGCGGUUCGCAGUCAAAUAGAAGCCGCAGUCUAUAAGUGGACUAGGCCGAGACCCCCACGUCUGGGAGUGGCCGUACCACGCUCCCCCCCCGGCACUGGUAUCCUCUUCCACACCAACAUGCAGACCAUCCGUUACUCCCUGAGUCCCAAAGUCUGGGUGCUGGUCACUGGUGCUGCUCUCGUUGGUGUAUUCAGCGGCCAACGUUUUGCCCAAACUGUCUUGCUCAGCAAGAACCCUCCUAAUCCCCCUCGCUACCGUGAAAAGCCGCCAGUGAGGCAUCCCCAUACUCCCGAUGAAGACGAGGAUGAGGACUAA